AUGGAAGUUGACCCGGAAAAGAUCAGGGCAAUCGUGGAAUGGAAGUCACCGGAGAACGUCAAGGACGUCCAAUCAUUCCAAGGAUUCGCCAACUUUUGUCGACAGUUCAUAGGGAACUACGCUGGAUUGUCUAAACCCCUGACAGACUUGACCAGAAAAGACAAAACAUUCUUCUGGGACAAGGUGACGGAACAGGCUUUUCAGGAAAUCAAGCAACGGUUCGCUAAGGAGCCAAUCCUUCGGAACCACGACGUCGACAAACCAAGCACUGUUGAGACAGACGCUUCGGACACAGCGGUCGGGGCUGUACACUUACAGCCAGACGACAACGGGAAGCUUAUGCCUGUCGCAUACUUCUCGAAAACAUUGGAUUCCGCUCAGCAGAACUAUAGCAUCUUUGAGAAGGAACUUCUUGCUAUAGUCCUCGCUUUGGAGCAUUGGAAGAUUUACCUUCAGGGUGCAAAGCACCGGGUAACGAUCCUUACUGACCAUGAGAAUCUGAAAACAUUUACGACGACUAAGGAGCUCAGUAACCGAAGACUCGCUAGGUGGUCACAAACCCUUGCGGGAUUCGACAUUGUGAUUCGUCAUGUCAGUGGAACUUCGAAUGCGCGAGCAGAUGCGCUUAGCCGGAAACCAGGCUACGAAGGAAACAAGGAGUAUAAAAAGAUUGCGAUCUUGAAGACUCUUGAGAACGGAGACCUUGCUCCUACGAUUCAUGAAAUCGCUGCCACAACUAGGGAGAGUCCCUGGGACGGCAAAAUCAAAGCAGCACAAGCAAAAGACGAAAUCGAGGAAACGAAGAACGGCAAGAUCUGGGUCCCGGACUCAUACGCAAAAGAAUUUAUUGCGGAAUACCAUGCGGCACCGGCCCAUGGACAUCAGGGAGUUCGCCGAACUCUCCAGCGAAUCAAACGGAACUACCACGUUGACAGGGUAGCUGCCGUAGUCAAGGAAGUGAUAGCGGAGUGUGAUACCUGUAUUAGGAACAAGGCUUCCCGCCAUGCGCCUUAUGGACAGAUGGGCACUACUCCGAUACCACCAACCCCUUGGAAGUCGAUCUCUUGGGAUUUCAUUGUAAAACUACCGAAAUCCAAGGAUCCGAUGACAGGAGUCGAAUACGAUUCGAUCCUAGUUAUCAUGGAAAGGCUGACAAAAUACAUGAUCUUGGUACCAUACAAAGAAUCAAGUACAGCCGAGGAAUUGGCAUUUGCAUUCCUCAGGGAAGUAGUCUCGAAACAUGGACUACCAGAAGAGAUAAUCUCAGACAGAGACAAGCUCUUUACCUCAUUGUUUUGGAAAGCCCUCACGGAGCGCUUAGGAGUGAAAAGGAAGCUGUCAACAGCCUUUCACCCCCAGACAAAUGGAGGGAACGAACACAUGAAUCAAGUGGUUGA